AUGGAAGAAAGUCUAAACUGUUCCGCUCCUGGUCUAGAAACUUCUGAAAUGAAUAGUGAGGUAAUAAGCAAAGAAGAAGCCAUUCUCCAGGAAGAAGCUCAACUUCAGAAACAUGUUCUGGUUGAGCUUAGGAGUAAACAUAAAUUUCAAGGAAUUAGGAAUAAAGUUACUAAGCGAUUUAUAUUUUGCAGUCAGGUUCUUGGAUAUAUAAAAGAAUGUAUUCAGCUUCAGAGUUUGGCUCGCUCUUGUUGUGCUUAUAGUCUUGGAUAUGAUGGGCCAGAGAAUUUUAGAGCUAAGAAGUUGAUAUCACAGUUUUAUGCCCUUGGGUUUCUAAAGAAAACUCAGCAAUGGAAGAUUUUCAAUGUUAUUGAUCAAGAUAAUGGCUGCUUUCGGCUUUGUCAAAGAGUUUUCUUCAAGAAUAUUUCUCUUGUAAUGAAAAAUGUGACCUUGCAUAGAUGAUCAAUAGAAGAAACUCAUUUACAGAAGUACAUGAUGAGUUCAAGGCAACUUGAAUCUCUUGUAUUUCAGAGCUGACUUAUUAAAGAUCCGAAGUUCAGCCAGACUUUCACUAAUUACAAAGUAGGAACUACUAAACUCCAAGUUAUCAACUUUGAAGGCUGUAAUGUGUUCGGUAUGGGAGGACCUUCGGAUAAAUAUCCAAAGAUCAAUACCAUUAUCAAAGGGAUCCUUGGAACUUUGUUCUGCGAAUCUCUGAGUAUAAUCAUCAUGACUACUAGAAGUGUUGGUCCGAACCCUCCAGAGAUAAGUUUAGAAGAACUUAAUCUUGCUAGCUAUGGAGUCACAGUUAAGAAAGGGAGUGGAGUGAUGGUAUUUAACUUUGAUUCAUACUUAAUUCAACCGUAG